UUCAAAGAAAAACAACUUUACUUAGCGUAGAUUGGAUACUUUUUCCUGGACACUUUUUGUUGUUUAAAGGUUGUUUAAACUCCGAAACGUGUGUUGUUUGUCGACAUACUUAUGAGCGAAUGUAAUGUGAAGAUAUUAAAAUAUACUAGUAAUGAGUAUUUAAUCUCACAAUGCAUUACAUACAACAUCCCUUGUUUAGUGUUUAACCGCAUAAUUUUUUAUCCGGCCUCUGCACUACAAAGAAAAUAGUUUCACAGGUCUUUAAAGGAAAUGGUAAACGGAUGUCAAAGUUGAACUCAAUCUUUUAAACGAAACUGUUAUGUAGUUGUGAAGAGAAGCUUAACGUGGGCUUUAUGUAAUCACAACUUUAAGACAUUUCGCUGUGAGUGGUGUUAUGGAAGUUUGGAUUAGAGAGGCGAAUCUGCCGUCAUUUAAACCCAUUAGCAAGUAUUACAAUACAGAAACAAGAUGGCGUCAAUUGAGAACGGAAUCAUACCACUACGUCACGGAAGUUUACCAGGAAUCGUUAAAUUACCUAAACGAUACGAGAAUUUCGUGGAACGGAUGACACCUACUGGCAAGCGGAAGUCGUUGACUGCGCGUACGUCGAGUGAUACAAAUGGCGACCGCACGCAAGACGCGGUAUAUGCGAUUUUGUGGCUGAAGCAAGAAUUGAUACUGCUACGUCAACACGACGUCCUAUUGAAGCGUCAGUUCCGCGACAUCCAAGACACGAUCAAAGGUCUUCACAGAUCUCGGCGUUACAGAGGUCAUGAGAUCGCCUCAAACUCCAAUCUACAGUCCACGGAGAGUUCAGAGUUCGCCAUUGACAACUAUUCUGUCCGGUCAGCGUCCAGCGUGACGGCGCUUGAUCAGCCAGACACUGAAGAAGAUGAUGAACAUAGCGAGCUCGUGUUCAGACCGCGUACCUCUUCCAUGAAAACAACGCGUGAUCUCACGGCGCUUGCGCGACGUCGUGGAAGCAAGGAGAUGAUAUGAGUGAUUUUAAAUUUAAAACACUGUAAAUUGUUAUUUAAUAUUAGUAUAUAGGUUAAAAAUAUGUUUAAAACGACCCAUACAAUUGUAACGGCGCUUGAUCAUCCAGACACAGAAGAAGAUGAUGACCAUAGCGAGCACGUGUUCAGACCGCGUACGUCUUCCAUAAAGCAAUGCGUGAUCUCGCGGCGCUUGCGCGACGUCGUGGCAGCAAAGAGAUGAUAUGAGUAACUUGACCAUGAAUAUGAUUUUUGAUAUAGUUUUUCCAUAUUUAUUUCUGUAAGAAUGAACGAUUGUUACGAAAAGUGAGGCCCACAUGUUAAUGUACAAACUGAUAUUGUAGUAGUUGUAUAUUUUUAUUAAAGUGACGCAUAGAACAAAUAAAGUCAUUUAUAUAAAACCUUCGAUUAUUAUUUUUUUUACAAUAAUGUUGAUAUGAUGUGCAUACAGUUUGUCAUUUUAUAUUAUUUGAAUGAUUAUAAUUUUGUUUUAUAUUAUGUACACAUUUUUAAACAGUUGGUGUAUGUUUAAAUUUAAUUAUUUAUUAUUCAAAAUAAUUAAUGGCUAAUAUUGAUAGCAAUGACAGCAUGGUUUAUUGUACAAAACAUAACACCUAUAUGUACAUACAUAUUGUUCAGUAAAUAUUUGCACCAAGUGCAAUUAAAAUCAAAACGGUACACUUUAUAAUAAGGCAAUCGAACGACUUAAUCUAUUCUGUCUAUUUGAUUCACGUUUCCAUUGGUCUUACAUAGAAUCAAGCGGUGUGCCUGAUGUAUACUGCAUGCUAGAAUACACUGCCUCUUAAGUUUGAAAGGUCUGAGGGUUUAUGUAGUAAAGAAUUCCUGCCCGAUUAACGCUGAUCAAAGUUUGUUUCUGUAGAAAGAAAACUACUAGUGUUUGUUUUCAUGUAAAUUUAUUUCUGCAUUAAAUGUGUAAAUCAUU